GUGAGCACUGAAUAAUGGCCCACCUCAGUGUUUUUGCGCUCGUUUAUUCAGCACGAUAUAUUCGUUAACCAAAACUGCAGUGAGCCCGGACCGCCUGGGGAUGCCCGUUCCUGAGGACCCCCUGUUCCUGGGGACCCAAAUGGGGGAUCACCUCAUUUCCAUAACAUGAGGACAGGACGAGCGCUUGACAGACAGACACUUGUGAUUUCUCCUCACUGGGCGCCGGGAGAGUGGGUGUGUUUAACGGGGCACUUCAUUCAUACAAACAGAUUUAAAAGCCCGAAUCCCAGAGAAGAUCGGAGAAUCGUUUGCGAGCGUUUUGUCUCAUGGAUCACGUGAAUUAUAGGGGGACACUCUCUUUGGCUUGGACCAUGAGCAAUGAGUCUGCCAUAUGGACAAACCAGAACACAACUUACCCCACCGACGUCCCGCUGUCAUCAGGGACACAGAAUGGCUAUGUCCUCCUGCUGGUCCUCUUGUCCAUCUUUGUCGGGGGGACGCUGGUCCUGCUCUCUGUCCUUCUGAUUGUCUGUCGCCGCUGUUGUGAAGGGGACAGACGGCAUGCAUGCCGCACAGAGAUUACGAUUCGCAUCGAUGAGUCAGAUUGCCUGUCGGCAGCCAGCUCCCACGACAUGGAGACAGAGCGUUUCCUUUCUACGGGCACCACCGGCCGCCGGGUCUCCUUCAACGAAGCAGCGCUCUUCGAUCACAGCAAGAAAACACAGGAGAAAGGUCGAAGGUUUCUUGUUACUGUCAAAAUAAUAACCGCCCAUUGUGUGUCACGUGAACAGCCACCAGUGUGUUCACUGCCCCAGACUGCCCUGACCAGCCGGAGUCUCAGUCCCAGCUCUGCCCUUCCUGGCGACGCUCUCAAUUCCACUGUGGACACGACGUUCUGUGAGAGCAUCACAGUGGCCGGUCCUGAGCCAUCCAGCCCGUGUUUAAUGGAGGUCAGAGGAGGAGUCGGGAGGAUCACAGGCAUCAUGGGUAAUGGUAGAGAGGGUGCGUCGGCCUCAUCCACGGCCCUGUCCUCCUCUGGCGGGGCCCCGCCGGGCCCCAUGCUGCAGUUCUUCACCAAGCUCCGCCGACACGCCAGCCUGGAGGGAGCGAGUCCCUACUUCAAGAUCAAGAAGUGGAAGUUCGACAGCAGCCAGAGAGCUUCAAGUCUAGACAUGAGAGGUUCCCCCAAGCGGAGGCAGUUCCAACGGCAGCGUGCAGCCAGCGAGAGCAUGGACCAGGAGGAGCAUGACGCCCAUCAUAUCGACCUCAUCCAGUACAUCUCUCGCACCAAGGAUGUCACCUACUGCCCCACCCGGGCCAGUCCACGUCUUCUAUCCCCCCCUUCCACACCCCCACCCUCACUCGGCAGGUUAGAGGUGGAGGUGAUGGUGGAGCCCAGCUGCAGCAGAGCGAUGGGUCCCGGGGUGAUCGGCCUCACCUCUGAGCCCCCGGAUGAGAGUCUUGGAAUGGGCUAUCAUCAGGAGAGUUUAGAACCUCAAACUUUGUACCGUGAUAUCUGGACUCUUCGUGCCUCCCUUGAGCGGUAUGUCUCAUCCGACCAGAGCAGCAACAAUGACAAAGACUCCGUCCGUAGUGACGCAGACAGUGUGUGCUCUUUAGUGGGUAAGACCGAGAUGGGAGGGCUGCCUAGGUACCCCUCACAGGAUAUCGGGGAUGAGAUGGAGGGGGAUGCGGACUUGCCUCUAGAUGAAGGACCAGAGAAAGGUCGCAAACAGGAUAGUGUCGAUUCUGAAAGGGGAAGUGACGGGGAGCCAGGAAACCGCAAGUUGCUCCAAAUGGACAGCGGUUACGCCUCGAUAGAAGCACCUUUGCGUGCUCCCGAGGAGUUGCGACUGUUUGGUAGCAGCAGUAGCAGUAAGGAUGGCUCCGCCGUGGAGCGCAGGCACUUCUUCAGUUCCGGUCACAAAGGGACCGUUUGCGAGAGCUUCGACACGGACAUCUUCGACGAAGAACUUGAAGAGGAACCGGCAGGUGCCAGGGGCGGUGUGGACGGAGUGGAAAUGGACGAGAGCGCCAUGCUCUGGUCCCCCUACGGCCAGAUGUUCGUUCAACGCGACGCUCAACCUCAUCCCCCCAUCCUUUCCCGCCGCGACUACAGCAUCGAUGAGAAAACUGACGCACUUUUCCACGAGUUCUUGCGGCAUGACCCGCAGUUCGAUCAGCAGGAGUCUCCACUGCGCUCCAAGCAUCGUUCCCGCGUUCACCUGCGCAAGCAGUGGCAGCGCUCAAAACAGUACAGCGACCCCGGCCAGCGCUUCCAAUCCUCUUUUGACCGGUACCGCACUCCGCUCCGACGUGGCGAAACUGUCAACUAUCCUCUAGAGACUAGCUACCACAGCACACUCCCACGAAUCAUUAGUGCACCUGACGAAGAGAGCAGCGAAGGUGCAACCAGUACUCCCGAGACACUCAAGGCAGAUCAGGAUACCGCUACUGACUUGGAUCCCGACAUAAUAAGAAUACCUUCCAGCACCGAAAGCAGCGGAACCAUCAACGAAAAGGAAGUCCUUGAGGCAUCGCAGCCCCCUCUGAUGAAUGACAUUGCUGGAGAGCAAUCGGUGGGCCAGGAGAACUCUAGGCAAACGUUGCCACCGCCUGAGCCUCCUGAUGAACAUACACCCAAAUGUACAAGCUAUGGCCCACAGACAAUCACAGAAGAGCUGAGCGACAAGCUAGCGGCAACCCUCGAAGAGCGGCUGUACUCAGAUCUCCGCAGGACCAGAGAACCACCCGAGUGUAGUGCAGUGACUGUGACCUACACAUCGCCUGAUCACAGUCCAGUGUAGCAUGUGGCUCCCUUCAUCUCCUCAUACAAGAACACUUCGUGGCAACUACAGGUCCAAAGAUUUGAUCGACAUUGGCUCUGAUCUGGAACAGGUUUGCUUUGGUCAUUUAAAUGGCGUUGAAAUCAUUGUCAUUAUGUCCUAGACCAGUGGUGUAGAGAGGUUUCUUCCAUGCUCAGUGUUAAAUAAAUGGCUAUUAAGGCUCAUACCUCAUGUUGCUCAACGCACCAAGUCUUAAACAAAUGAAAUGUCAAAGUCUGUUAUUAAAGCUCUCCAUUUAGCUACUCGUUGACUUCAAAAGCCAAUAUUUUCUCUGCACUAGGUAAUCCACUGUGAAAUUGGGUGCUAUUAGAUUAAAGAUUGAUUAUAUUUGUGAUUGCAUGAAUUAUAUUGCAAUGCUGCCUAUCCAAAUGUCUGUUCAUAACCCAAAUUAAUAUUAUUUUCUUUUACUUGAUUUUAAAUGUACCAGCUAGUCCUCCAUUCAGUUUUGCUUUCUGAAGUUGUAAAAUACUCAAUAAUAUUUAUUAUUAGCAUCUGGGUUUUUGUUGUGUAGCUAAAUCUGCUUUCAGUUUUAAUCAAAUUUUAGGGAAACAAAUCCUAUAAAAUAUAAUCAUAAUUGGGAUAAACUGUAGAAAUUUCCUUGUAUGGGUAGACAUGUCUGCAUGUCUAACCUGUAUUUCAAAAACAAGAGCAUAUCUGAAACACCAUGGCAUUGGUCCCGUUCCUAAGCAAACUUAAGCCUUUCCCAAUUUAACUUCACAGUGUUUGUAAUUUAGGUUAAAUAAAAUGGGAUUAGAUGCACUAAAUCAAUAGGCAUGUUAGCUUGUUCCCCACUGACAAGUUUGCAAUCCAUUAUAAAGUGUUCUUUUCCUUUAAUAGUGUUAUUUUAUCAUUGAAGUACUGAAUGGCUAAAACUGCCUCUUUGUGAGAUACUAUAAUUUUAUGACCAUUGAAUUAUUACUAUUGUGCUUUUCAUCUUUUAAUUGUAUCAUUUGUUCUGUAUUGUUGAUCAUAUCUGUGAGAAUGAGAAAUAGACCGAACGAUUUUCGAGUAUAUAGUGCCAAAUUGUUGUCAGGUAAUACCAAGAUUAAACAACAAAAACGCUGUAAGCAACAGUUGGGGAAAUGGGGAAAGAAAAAAAAGUCCUGCAAAAUAACGACCACAGAUAUGUCUCUCUAAGGGUAUGAAUCAGGCCUGAGAUAUUUUUAUGAUUUUCAUUGUGAGAAGGGCAUGCCUUUUCUUGCAUGCAUUUCACAAAAUGAGCUCUGUGUGUUCGUUAGCAUUACUUUUAUGUGAAAAUUACCAAGACGAGAAUCCCUAGAGGUGGACAACUGCACAUGCUGCCUUUGGACAGAAGCGUAAUUUAAAAUCAUUAAAAGCAAAUCCCACUGCCCAGCAUAAGCAAUUGUUGAAUAUCGGUACAAAUGCCACCAUUCACGUUGACCUGAAUUAUUCCAAUAAAAUGGGAUUCUAGUAUUCCCAUCUGUCAGCUCACAGUAUGGGCUACGUUCUGGAUUGAUCAUUAUGGGUUUGAUCUUCUUUUAAGCAUGCAAACAAAAAGUUUGUCCUUGGCAGAUUCUCAACUGUGAUGUGUUAGAAAGUCUAUCAUUGUGAAAUGUGAGCGAAAAGGCCAUUGGCCAUAUAUAGAGGCUAUUGAUGUAAUGAAGAAAAAUGCUUGGGUAUCAUCCACAGGCUUUGUCUCACAUUGUUUUGUGGCCUUUUAGGGUGAUUGUUUGAGCUAUUGAGUAGUUCUCUAAAAAGCUUCAUGUACUAUUUAGGGUGCAUCUGAAGUGCCCUGUCCAGAAAUAAAAGGCUUUCAUUAUCUAGGUGAACAAUGACUGAUGUGCAUGGAGUAAUUAACAAUGCCAGAGAAAAGAGAGCUUUAGACUAGCUGAUAUUGUUGAUUGAUUGUUUCUGGUUAAAUUAUACACUACUGACCAUCUCAUAUGAUUAAUAUGGUGCCUUCCUGCGUGUUUAACAUUUAAUGGGAUAGUUACCCAAAAAUAAAUAAUAAAUCGUUUUUCCAAAAAAGUCCAUGCAAUGAAAGUCAAUGGGGUCCAAACAUUGUUAAUUGAAUAGGCCAAAUUACCUUACAGAGGUUUUUAAAAAACAGAAAAAAAUCUGUUAAUGCAUUGCAGAAAUAUGAAUCUGAAGUGUGGUAUGUACAUUGCAUUGUCAAACACAUGUACACCAGUAUUAGCAAUUACAAAUCCAGUCUUUGGUUUUGAUUAACCGUAAUGCGUAACAUGUCAGGGACAUUGAAAUUUGUACAAAAGAAUGUAGAAUUGUAUAUAAGCACAAUGAGGUCCCAGAGCAGGCACUAGAAUAGUCUAUGUCUUGGAUUGGACAUAAACCUAGUUGGGACCUUUGGGUGAUAUGUGCACAAUCAAAUAGCCUGUCGGUUGAUGGAUUACUGUGUAUAGAUUUGCAUGUGAUGACAAAUUAUUGUUUAGCAGAUCCAAAACGAAGCACCAAAUGACAGAUAUUUUUUGUGUGACUCUGAGAAUGAAAAGAAAUAGACUUGGUACUGAAAUAUUGUAAAAUAUUUUAAGGAGUCUGUUAUUUUAGAAGUUCUGCUUUGCUGACUUGAUGAAAUUUUUUGCCAUAUUUCCAUGGACAAAAAGGAUUAUUUCUAUUGCUGGCUAUAUUUAGAUGAAAGAAAAAAUAUAUUUAUGUGCAAAGAAAAACAAUCUGUAAAAACCUGCUUGACUAAUUACUUAGUCAAAAAAAAUUUAUUAAAAAAAACAA